UGGCUUUCUUCUCGUUUCCCUUCUCAGAUGAGAUGGAGCAGUCUCCUGCAGUGCGUUCUGACUACUUGGUCUCAGGGAUUAGAACUCCGCCAGUGAGGAGAAACAGCAAACUGGCAACACUGGGCAGGAUCUUCAAACCAUGGAAGUGGCGGAAAAAGAAAAACGAGAAGUUAAAGCAGACCUCUGCAGUGCUGGAGAAGAAGAUGACAGCACGACAAGGUCGGGAUGAACUCAUUAAGAAAGGCCUUCUGGAAAUGAUGGAACAGGAUACUGAAGGAAAAGCCUGCACUGGUGAUGAUGCCACAAGAGCAACACAGAGUGAGACUCCAGCUUGUGUGCCCGUGUGCCAGGCACUCGACUCUGAAGAGAUGCAGCAAGAGAGUACAACAGCAGCCACAACAGAUGUAACCUCACUUAGUGAAGAGCUGCAUUUGGAUGAGCAGAAAGAAGAUGCAGCCAAGAAACCUUCAGCACCCAAGGAAGAAUUGGAAGAUGCCAGUCUGCCAGCAUCUGAAGACAGUCCACAAGCCUUACUUGUACCUGAAACCACAGAUUCUCCCCAGAAACUGACAGAAGGAAAUCCAGCACAGCUUCCCAGCCCUCCAUUGCUCCCAGCUCCACCACCUAAGGCAAUCUCCAAAAUCACAAAGAGUGUAACAGGAAGCGACACAGAUGACCCAGCCAUGAAGUCUCCUCCUUCCACUAUCCUGAAGAAUUAUGUAGUUGUUGGCUCCUCUCAAAUCUCAGGACAAGCUGCCCUCUUCCAUUCCUCUGGCCAGAAAAGCUCCGAGUCGCACGUCAGAGGACAGGUAACAACGCCGACUGGCUCCCCUCACCUGGCUGCUGUCCACCUGCCUUUACCUCCCAGCAGAGUCAUUGAAGAACUCCACAGGGCUCUGGCCACCAAACAUCGGCAGGACAGCUUCCAUGGAAGAGAAAGCAAAGGCUCUCCAAAAAAAAGAGUGGAUGUGCGUCCAUCCAGAACGUCUAGCAUUGAGCGCAACAAAGAAAAGGAGAAUUCCCUGAAUUACAGCAGUGAUUCAGAAAAUAAGAGGAAUUCAGUUAAAGAGUCGGAUGAGAACAAAGAAAACAUGAUAAUGAACUCAGAGCUUAAGGAAGACUCCGUUUUUUAUCAGGAUGAGGAAGUUUUGAAUGACUCCAUUAUUUCUGAACGAACAGUAAAAAUUCAAGAAAAUAAAUGUCAGGAUUCAAUUGAGUUAAAACAGGAACUUUUGUCAGGAACUGCAGAGACCAAGCAUGAAAAAGGAAAGGAUAUCAAGGUAGAUAAUGUAGUGGUAGAUGAAGUCUGCCUAUUUUAUAAAGAUUUUCCUGGUGUUCAUAUAAUUUAUACUCCUCUUCUUGACCGGUAUUAUUAUUUUAGCCGAGCUCUGUCCAGGAGAUUUCAAUGA